AUGGCAGCCAUGCACCCGAUGCCUGUGCUCUGGUUUGGUGGAGACUCGACAUUGUCGACAUCCUGGAGGGCCGAAGUGGAAACUGCGGCCUCUGUCAGAUCCUUUGCACCUUCUCCACGUCGUUUUCGCUCGCGAGAGCAGGGCAUGUCUCUCAGCUGGUCGAUGCUGGCUGCGGCUGCACGCUCUGUUUGGAGAUCUUGUAGGAGAGAUCGCAUGUCCAGCAUGCUGCGGUGCAAAGGACACCGACGGCCGCUGUUGGCAUCUUGCGCAUCAACCUUGGUGGCCAUGAAUCGGCCAGCGGAGGCCGAGGAAGCUGACUAUGUCUAUCCAGAGUGGAUCCGCCUUCCGUUGGCUCCCUAUGCCCGCAGAAGGACCUUGCUCAAGGAGCUGGUGCCAAACCAGGUUUGGACUUUGGACCAACUCUUUGGCACCUUCUAUGUUUAUGUGCCCAUCCGAGCCACCGUCUUGAAGGUGAAGGGAGGCUUGUUGGUCUAUGCUCCUGUGGCUGCCACCAAGGAAUGCCUGGGUAUGGUCAAGGAGCUCGAAGCCAAGCAUGGUCCUGUUCGAUGGAUCUUGCUUCCGUCAAAAGCGGUUGAGCACAAGGUUCUGGCUGGUCCCUUUGCCAAGAAGUUUCCAGAUGCCAAGUUUUACGUUGCUCCUGGACAAUUUUCGGUGCCACUUGACUUGCCACUGAGUGUCUUGGGCUUCCCGGACUUUGAGGUCUUGGACCCUGAGCGCUUGGAGGAUCUGCCCUGGAACGAGGAUUGCCUCACGGCCUACGUGGACGCCGCCACCUUCGGAGAAGUGGCGUUGCUUCACAAGAGUUCCAUGGUCGUGCCCAUGAGAAGUCGAAGUCGUGAUGAGAGGAGGCGGAGCUUUUUGGGCCACGAAGUCGAGACCAGUGCGAGCCGAAAGCUCGUUGAGCGCGCAGGGUCGAUGGGCUAUGGCAUUGGUGACAGGAUUUUCGACGACGAGGUUAGGUCCCGAAGUUCAACACCAGGCUCCUUGGGUCCUGAAAAAGAUGCCAUGGAGGGCGGCGUUGCAGCUCUUCUGGGCCUGGAGAACGAGGAGUUUUUCGCGUUUUUUGUGCGGACAACCUUCAGCUUCAACGUCUGCAUUGAAGCCAUGGCUCAGCGACCUUCACAUGCCUUGGGGCUUCUGCGACACCUGCGGCAGCAGGGGCUGCAGUGUGACAGCGCCACCUGGGGCGGUUGCAUCUUCGCCACCCGGAAGAGUUGGCGCAGGGCCUUGGGGCUUCUGACCCAGCUGAGGCGGCAACUGCGCUGGGAACUGGAUCAACACAUGGCCGCUUCCGGAUCUGUCCGCUCGGCGUUCCCUGAUCUUCACAGCCUGGUUGGCGCCACGAACGCAGCGCUGGGCUCUUGUGCUUUGGGGAAACGCUGGCGCAACGCUGUGGAUGUGCUAAGUCAUCUAGGUCGCGUCAGCCUUCAGGGGAACGAGAUCAGUCGUCAGGCGUUGGUGGCUUCAUUUGGUGCAGGCGUGGCAUGUCCUUGGCAGCUGCUCCUGCGCUUCCCUGGCGCUGCAUCGGCCGUGGCCAAACAACAGGAGUGGGCUCGCGCACUGACGCUGUACGAUGGAGUUCUACAGCCAGAUCCUUGCGCGCUUGGAGUGGUCAUGGAGGUUGGCCUCACAAUGAAGGCAGGCAGCCCCCAAGCUUUGCGAGGAGAACGCACCGAGAACUGGGUCCUGGAUGGUUCCCAGACGCUGGUGGUCACCGAUUCGCUCAUUUCCAUCCCGGAAGACCCGCCGGAACUGCUGAUGGAUGCGCAGUACUCCAAAGCCUUGGCCUACCACGCCCGCGAUGACGCCACCUCCGUCCUCCAGGACUCGCCCGAAACGCGGCGGAAGGGCUGGGCGCGGAUUGCGCUGUUUACAACCUUCUUCAACCCCGGUGGACUGGCAGAUGGUGAAGUGUGGAUACCAGAGGCCUCUGCCACGCGUCCGUGGCAAUGGCAAGCCAACUGGCAGCAGAGCUUUCAACGUCUGCGACAGAACGGCAAAGCUUUCGUAGCACCAAUCAUACGGGAACUCAUCCUGAAGCAACAACCCGAGAAGACCUUGGCAUACGUGGAGAGAAUCGCUUCCUGGAAUUUUCAGCGUGCAGUGAGCGCGCACUUCGACCCCAUCCGAAACUUUUCGCCCAAGCAGUUCCGGGAGUGCUUUGCAUUCCUGAAACGACCGACUGAGCUUCCCUACUGCGCAGAAGAUGUGAAAUUCUUGGUAGAGCUCCAGCAGUCCGCGAUUCCCAACGGUGAAGCGGUGAAAGUUGGCCAAAGUUGUGGUUUCCAGCCACGCGCCUGA